CCUCAAAUUUGCAAGAAUUGAACUUAAGCCCUGCGCGCGGCUCCCCGACUUCGCUUCGUCAGAAUUCGACUUUCCAUGCGACAAUUCUCUCCUCGACGAUCCCUUCUUGACCCCAGCGGUUCGAACGCGAAUUCAGCCCCCAAAACAUGUCGUUGUUACGAGAUAGAACAAUAUUGAAUUCAUAAUACACAAUCCCACCUUCUUUGAACAGACUUCAGGUGGAGGGAGCAGGAGCCAGUUCGACUUGCAAUGGCUCCUCUCUCGUCGGGCAUUGCUGCUGCAAUGUUGGAGAUGACGAUAGAGUCGAGAGGGCUAGGCGGCAACAAGACGAGCACAUCUUCAGACAUAUCACCUGCAGACGAAAAUAUUUUGCAGAUACUGGCCUUGGUGUUCUCAAUAAUAAGCGUUGCCUCGUCAGUUCUUGCAUUCUACUGGUUCAUCAAAAUGCGGAGGAGUUUUAGGCACGACCUCAUCAUGUUACUGAUCCAGAGCGACAUGUUCAAGGCGCUUUGGUUCAUGUUGUAUCCGAUCGUUACUUUUUCAAGCGGUCCCAUUCUGCGCGGUUCACGCUUCUGCCAAGUCAAUGGCUUCUUCAUCUCUCUUGGAAUCGAAGCAUCAGAUUUUGCUGUUCUUAUGAUUGCUGUCCACACUGCUUUAUACAUAUUCAGGCCGAGGUCCUCCAAUGGCGAAGGCGGACUCUAUCCAUAUCGCCACUACGCGUACACACUUUGGGUGGUACUCCCCCUCCUGAUGGCAUCUUUAGCCUUCAUCAAUGAUUCCAGUUCCUACGUGCCAGAGGGCACAUACUGCUAUCUGCCUGUGCGGCCGUUCUGGUACCGACUUGCCCUGGCUUGGAUUCCUCGCUACAUUAUCUUCAUAUUUAUUCUUGGUAUAUAUGCCUCGAUAUACUACUACGUCCGGUAUAAGUUCGAUGAUUUCAACAGGGAAGGCGGAAGCCGGGAGAGUAGUUUCAACGACACCACUGGCACUGUCAUACAACCCCCGAAGAGAGUCAAAAGGCACACAUUACCUCCAACACCGAGUCUAGCGACUCAUGGUUUAAUAUCGGAGUCAAGACAAUCAUCAAUGCCUGUAGCUCCAACGAGAAGGGAGUCAAUAUCUAACUUAGGUGCUUCAGAUUUGGGACGAAGGAAGUCAAAACCCGGAGCCCAUCGUUUUAUGUUGGCUAGCUUCACAGCGGGAGAUCAGUCUUGUCCAACUCCUCCCUCGGAACCAUCAAUCGUGGAUGCAGAUUCAUUCAUCGGCCCGUCCACACCUCGUCCUGUCGCUCCGAUCAUGUCUCCAAUCUCUCAUUCUCCUCCACAUGAAGCUUCACUGAUAUCCGAGACGCCUUCUCGUUCUCGGGCGAGUUCUUGGCGAGACAGCUUCGUCAAGAGAUUCUCGCCUCCACGAAGUGGCGCUACAACCGAAAAGCCUUCAAUAAUCGACAUGUUCACGAUCCUCCGUCAACAUCCAGAUUCUCCCGAUGUCCCUACGCCUCUAUCUCAGCUACAGCUGGUCAAUUCCCAUGGCCAAACCUACGCUGAUGCUGAAAUGCUUCGCACGAGAGACAAGAUCCGGAGACAACUGCGAUUUCUUUUCAUCUACCCUCUGGUAUAUAUCGGGAUGUGGAUCCUCCCCUUCGUUUCACAUGCCCUCCAAUACGACGAUAGAUACGCCCUCAACCCUCCCUUUGCACUGACAUGUGUUACCACCAUAUCUAUCUGCAUCCAAGCAGCCGUAGAUUGCUGGCUCUUCUCUACCCGCGAGAAACCAUGGCGCCAUAUCCCAGGAAGCAACGGUAGUUUCUGGGCAAGCUUGAAGUUCUGGUCUGGCUGGAAGGGGAUGGGGAAGCGGAGAGUGGUCAAUGGACCAGGCAAGACGAGAGAGGAGAUGGUGCGAGAGGCAAGAGCAGCGUACAGGAGACGAGAUGAAGAGUUGGCGCAGAGAAAGGAGCAGGUUGAGAAGGGCCAUGCUCAUACGCCCACAGAUACUACGAAGAGGGGAGAGAGGAGCUGGUGGGAAGCGGCUGGUAUCGAUGGCGUUGUGGAUACGUCGAUGAGUCCUGUGGCGGAGGAGGUAGCGAAUCCGAUGGAAGACAUUGCUUUUCCUUCCCCAGACGAGGAGAAGGGAAUGAAGAUGGCCAGUGGAGAGCACGAGGGAGAUAUUGCUGUUGGGAGGAAUCAGCAGAUAAAGUGGGAUCUGAGCGAGCCUGUGUCGCCUGUCAGCGGCGAAGGCUCCGGGAGCUCGAGUACAUAGGGUCAGGAGACACAUAUGG